GUCCACGUCACCGCAGACGACCGUGGUGCACUCGGCACGACCAGUGUAUCGUGUUCAUUUCUACAUUUUGUACCAUUACGCUUCAUUCGUAAACCUUGAUACCGUAGGUGAAUUAAAGCAAAGUAAAUGCUUCCAGCCGGCACGUGGAGUGACGCCGUGUACAAGGCAGCUACGGUCUCGUUUGCAGCGCUAGAACCCACGUACACGCACUCUUCGGCUCAUUUCGGUUACGUUCGCUUGCGCUAUCGUGUACACCGAUCGUGUCGGCUAUCGUUCUCGUUCACUCUCAACGUAUAGUUCCAUCAAAUUACUAACUAGAAACCAACCAUCACGUCACUUCAGUGUCAGUGCAGUGUACAAAGUGUCGUGGGGCGAGCUGUCGCCGGAUGUGCCGGUUGUAAAGUCCUCUCGAAAAAUAAAGUCUGACAAGUGACCUUGAUUCAUUUAACUAAGUGACAAAAUAUUACUCCGUAAUAUUACGAAAAGAAACAUAACCUACAAAAUGUCAGACAGCGCACAGGACGUUCUACAGGAUGCGGUAACCGGCGCCGCCGCUGCUGCUGCCGAUGCCGCUGAUGGAUCGCUGUUUAGCACCUUUGAUAUAAUUGUGCUCGUUAUCUUAUUGGGAGGCACCAUCUGGUGGCUAUACAACUCCAAAAAGGAAAACAAAAAAGAUGAAAUUCUGCUGAGCAAAUAUUCCAUCCAGGCUGCGGGAUCCAUUCAAGUUACUGAAAAUUCUUUCAUAAACAAACUAAAGUCAUCUGGAAGAAGUUUAGUUGUAUUCUAUGGGUCUCAAACGGGUACUGGUGAGGAGUUCGCUGGACGUCUUGCCAAGGAGGGCAUACGAUACAAGAUGAAGGGUAUGGUUGCUGAUCCCGAAGAAUGUGAUAUGGAAGAACUUAUGAAACUCCAAGAAAUACCGAAUUCAUUAGCUGUGUUCUGUAUGGCAACAUAUGGUGAAGGAGAUCCCACAGACAACUCUAUGGAGUUUUAUGAAUGGAUAAAGAACGGAGAACCGGACCUAACUGGUUUAAAUUAUGCCGUGUUUGGCCUUGGCAACAAGACAUAUGAACAUUACAAUGCGGUUGCUAUAUAUCUAGAUAAACGUCUUGAGGAACUUGGCGCUACAAGAGUCUUUGAACUUGGUCUUGGAGAUGAUGACGCUAAUAUCGAAGAUGACUUUAUAACCUGGAAAGAAAAGUUCUGGCCAGCUGUAUGUGAGAAAUUCAAUAUUGAGAGCACUGGUGAAGAAGAGUUGAUUCGUCAGUUCCGUCUUGUUACUCAUGGACCUGAUGACAUACAGCCUAACAACAUAUUUACUGGAGAAAUUGCCAGAUUACACUCCUUACAAGUCCAGAGGCCACCUUAUGAUGCCAAGAAUCCAUUCCUUGCCCAAAUCACAGUUAAUAGAGAAUUACAUAAGGGUGGAGAUAGGUCUUGUAUCCACGUCGAAUUAGAUAUUUCAGACUCCAAAAUGCGAUAUGAAGCAGGUGAUCAUGUGGCUGUGUACCCAAUAAAUGACUCCAACCUUGUAGAUCGUCUAGGACAAUUAACAGGGGCCAACCUUGAUGAGAUCUUCUCUCUCAUCAACACUGACCAGGAAAGCAGCAAAAAACAUCCUUUCCCUUGCCCAACCUCCUACCGCACUGCAUUAUCACACUAUGUUGAGAUUACUGCAUUGCCCCGUACUCACAUAUUAAGAGAGUUGGUUGAAUACUGUACAGAUGAAGAAGACAAAAAGAAAUUGAUGCUCAUGGCAACUAAUUCUCAAGAGGGCAAGGCCUUGUACCAAUCAUUUAUUGUAGAGGCUUGCAGAAAUAUUGUGCACAUCUUAGAGGAUGUACCAUCUUGUAAACCUCCACUGGACCACUUGUGUGAACUUUUACCUCGCCUACAACCAAGAUACUACUCCAUCUCAUCCAGUCCUAAGAUGUAUCCAGAGACAGUGCAUAUUACUGCAGUCGUUGUUCAAUAUAAAACACCUACGGGUCGCGUCAACAAAGGUGUUACAACGACAUGGUUAGCAGAUAACAAACCCGAACCCGGCAAGCCUCUUCCUCGUGUACCCGUAUUUAUCAGAAAAUCACAAUUCCGAUUACCUCUGCAAAGUCAAACCCCCAUAAUAAUGGUCGGUCCUGGUACAGGAUUAGCUCCUUUCCGUGGAUUCUUGCAAGAACGUGCUUUCGCGCGUGCGAAUGGCAAGGAAGUUGGAGACAAUGUUCUAUACUUUGGAUGCAGACAUCGCGACCAGGAUUACAUUUAUCAAGAGGAACUUGAGAAAUACGAGCAAAAUGGUGAUGUCAAAUUGAACUUAGCAUUCUCUCGUGAUCAAAAAGAAAAAGUGUAUGUAACACAUUUACUAGAAAAAGAUAUGGAUCUCUUAUGGGACGUCAUCGGUAAUCGUAAUGGACAUUUCUACAUUUGCGGGGACGCUAAGAAUAUGGCUGUUGACGUAAGGAAUAUUGUCUUAAAGACUAUCCAACUAAAAGGUGGACGCACAGAAGCUGAAGCUGCACAAUUUAUCAAGAAGCUUGAGUCUAUGAAGAAAUAUUCUGCUGACGUUUGGAGUUAAGUUUUCACACAUAUUAUAGGCGAAUUUGUGAAACUGUAGACAAUUUUUCAGUUUAAGUUAUGGUGAUUAUUACAUUAUGUAAUUAAUUAAUAUUUGUAUAAAUGGUCCAGCACAAUUAAUUACCUACUAAUUACCAUACAGUAUGGUCCAUACUAUAAAAACGGCAGCACAAGAUAACAUGAAAACCAAUGAUAAUCUUUUAUAUCGACAGUUUGCUAUUGUCUGCGCAAAUAAUUGAAUUAUAGACGUUACUUUCACAAUGUAUUUUAAGUCCAUUGUAAUUUUUUAAUGACUUUAAAAAUUUUGUAAAUUGACGAAAAACUUAUUUUAUGACGCCGUAAAGGUGAAUAUGAGGACAUUAAAGUUUUAUAUAAAAUCAAUAAAUAGUACAAAUGUCUAUGUCGAUGUAUAUCAUUUGACAUUCAAAUAGUUCAUUUACUUUAAGACAAUAUGUAAUGCUACUUUUAUGAAUAUUUUCUUCGUUUAAAGAACAAAAUAAGUUAUUGUAACAUUUUAUAACUAUACCUAAAUAAUAAGGACAAUUCUCCAUGUUGUGAAUAUCGUUACAAAUAAUAUGUAUAAAAAUGACAUAAUUGUGACAGAAUUAAAUAGUCAUGACACGUUAAUUAUGUACCAACCUAUAAUAUUUGUUAUUUAACUUGUUUCUUGCAGUAUCAUUGUUCUAGCAUGAUUUGAAAAUUAAGUAAUUUCCUAGGCGUAAAAACUUCUUCGCUAACAAUAUAAUUUUUUGUUACAUGCGUUUCUAUUUCGUUAUGGUUUAUGUGCGGAAUACAUAUUUAAAGACAUAUACAGCUUAUUGUGAUGUGUCGUAUUUCGACUAAGCUAAUGAAGAGUCUGAAUAAACUUGUUAAUACUGUGUAAGCAGCAAAUUUUAAACAGCACAAAGUGCUUUAACCAUGGUUAAUGGAAGAAAUCCAGUUCGUGCAUGUUAAAAUUUAUUAUUUAUUUCACUAUUUCGGUUCAUAUUAAUAAUCCAUUUAACCAAUUACAGAUUUAAAAUCUUAAUGACUGAAAUAGUGAAGAAUUCAGCUCGUUGGUAUAUUGGCUGUCAUAAGCCAAUGAAAUUCAAAAUAAUUGUAGGUAAAACUUUGAUCGUGAUUAUUGGGAAAAACAUCUACCUAUAUUGUGUUCAGUUAAAAAGUGUGAAAUCAAUUUCAAAUGUUUAAACUCUUUAUUUAGGUAAGAAUGUGAGAACACUUCGUUUUUGAUAAUGGCUCAAUUAUGAUUUUAUUUGUAUUCGGUACAUUCACUAUAAUCGAAUGCUAUAUAGGUAACACCGGGCGUAAUUUAGUAACCCCUAAAAUAAAGUGGUGAUCGUGUGUUGCAAUUAUUUAGACAUGUGGAUGAAAUCCUUACUAACAAAAGCAGGUUUAAUGUAUAUAGAAUGUAGUCAGCAUGUUAUGAGAAAAUAUCAAUAAAAAAAACAGUCACAAAAAGGAUCCAUAACUAGACAAUUUUUCUCCUACUGUUCAAAUAAAUAUAUUUUGAUUAUUUAUUCUAUUUCAGACGAAUUUAUUGUCACUAAUGGAAGUAGGUUAGGCUAUUGCAAAAUAGAAUUCCAAGACAUUGUAUUUAAUAAAAAUCAUAUGUGUAUAUUUAAUCAGUUGUGUAUUUUCAAAUGUUGAAUUGUUGAAGUUUUAUAUAUUGUGGAAUGGGCAAUUAGACGUAAGUAAAUUAAAUAGUUUUUAUAUUACACAUUGUCUUGUAAUAAUAAAUACAAUUUUAUAAGA